AUGACUCGUGAGUCUUCACACGAAAAGUUUCCUGCUCAAGUACUUACGGAACUGGCUACCUUUCGCCCUUUUCGUACUAAUGACAAAGAUGGGCAUUUACACUUCUGUUUCGACAAAAAAAUUAAGCAGAAUGCUUUCAACAACCUUAUUAUGAGUAGCACACCUUACAGAUGUUCAUUAGGAAAAACUCGGCCAAAGGAGGCGAAACCCAAAAGGGCAAAACGAGCGAAUGAAGAUCGCAUUAGGACGGACGAAGAGUUGUCUUCCGCUUGCUUGUCUCUUCCUAAAAUACCUUCGGCUGCUGAGCUUAUCCGAAGAAAACAUGAAUGUAGUAAGACAUCAGUGGCUAAGCAUGAUUCAAGUGAACUUGAGAGCGAUGAAGAACACCACUGUGGUUUUCUGUCUUGCGGUUCCCUGAAGAUUGGAGAACAAGUUCGGGAGCCAGUUCAGUCUGCUCGAGAGACGACGAGGGAAUCAAGAUCAAGAAGUUUGCCACUUAUCUUAAACAGAGAAAAUACUUCAUCUUGUUUAAAAUGCAAUACUCGAGCGUGUAAAUUUAGACUUCAAACCAGAGAAAGUUUUCCUUCAAGGCCGUCUGUCGGCAGUGACCUUUGCUAUUUGCGAGACAAUUCAUUAAUUGAUCAAGAUUUUACGAAGGUUAUGGAGGAUGGCUCGAGGGUUACAGUCAAGCAAAGGAGGCUCUUUAUUGAAAUAUUCAUGCCGAGGACGUCAUGA